AUGAUUGUAAACACAAAAGACGAGUUACGAGCUGUCCUAAUUGGAAGACUUCUAGCGAAAAUGCGAGAUCAAAGGGAUUCAGCAGAGUCACAUAUUGUCAAGAAACCUCGAACUGUAACGGAUAAUGAAAAUAUUUCGGAUCGUCUUGCGCCGCUGAAUGACCAUAUUCUUGAUCUCGAGCAAAAAGCAUGUGGAACGACAUUAGAAGAAUUACUUAAAGAUGCCCAAUAUGCUUCUUAUACUAUUCUUAACGUCGAAAAUGAACUUUCUGCAACAAUAGAGAAAAAUAAAGAACUCUCCUCGACCAAGACUUUACAACCAAUUGAAGUAAAAAUUGAAGGAGAACUGGACGAAGGACCUAAAUCUGUUCUCCUAUCGGCAAAUCAAGAAUCCAAUUUUGAACGUGCUGCAAAACGAGAAGCACAUGUGUUAGCAAGAAUCGCAGAACUCCGACGUAGCGGUUUGUGGUCGAAUAACCGUCUUCCGAAGUGUGUAGAACCAGAACGGAAUAAAACUCACUGGGACUUCUUACUGGAGGAAGUCAAGUGGAUGGCACGAGAUUUUCGAACAGAAAUGCACCUGAAGCGCACAGUUGCUCGUAAAACAGCAGGAUCGAUUGCUAAGAUUCACCGUGAAAAAGAAAUUGAACUAGAGAAAAUGGAAAAAAAUGCAAUACGCGAUAAAAAAAAGUUAUGCGCCUCUGUUGCAAAAAUGGUUCGAGAUUUCUGGCAGAAUGUCAAUAAAGUGGUUGAUAUACGGGCGAAAGAAAUUAUCGAUUUACGAGUUAGAAAGUUGAGGAGUAAACAACUAAUGAAUAUGAUCGAUCAUGUUGGAGAACUCACGACUGCGGUUCAAGAAGGUCUUCAGCAAUCCAAAACUCCCUCAAUUGCAUCUCAUGAUGACGACAAAGAGUUCUCAGCAGGCGACGAAUCCGAAUCGGACGAUGAAAGGACUAUUGCAAAUGCAGAAAAAUCUUCAAGAAAUACUGAUAUAAAGGAAGAGAUCGAUGCUCUUACCAACGAAGCCAAUACGGAUUUAGACGAUCUUUUAGCAUCGCUACCACCCGAAUACCUUGCCGCAUAUGGGUACACCGCUGAUGUAUUGGAUGAGAUGCGAAAAGAAAACAAAAAAAUCGAGGAGAAAACUGAAGGCAUUUUAGAAAAUAUCGUCUCGCAGUGCUCAAAAAAUGAAAAAAGCGAAUUUGUUCCAUCAAAUGAAAAAAAUCAGGACCGAUGUGCUGAAGACGGAAAUGGCGACGGUCGUGGAGUAUUCGAAUGCGUUGAUUAUGCCAAACUUAAUAGUGUAAACAGCGACGAGCGCCAAAAAGAACUGGCAAACAUUGCUGAAGAGGCGCUGAAAUUUCAGCCAAAGGGAUACACAUUGGAAACAACCCAAGUAAAAACUCCAGUACCUUUUUUGAUACGUGGAACACUACGUGAAUAUCAAAUGGUUGGUCUCGAUUGGCUCGUUACACUUUACGAAAAGAAUUUAAAUGGAAUUUUGGCUGAUGAAAUGGGUCUCGGAAAAACAAUACAAACUAUUUCAUUACUAGCUCAUUUGGCAUGUCGUGAAGCUAUCUGGGGUCCACAUUUAAUUGUGGUCCCAACAUCUGUCAUUCUAAAUUGGGAAAUGGAAUUCAAAAAAUGGUGCCCUGCCCUUAAAAUCUUAACCUACUUUGGCUCUGCAAAGGAUCGCGCUGAAAAGCGAAAGGGUUGGUCCAAGCCUAAUGCCUUUCACGUAUGUAUCACGUCAUAUAAAACUGUUACUACCGAUAUUCGAGCGUUCAAAAUGAAAUCUUGGCAGUAUAUGAUUCUGGAUGAGGCGCAAAACAUCAAAAAUUGGAAAUCUCAGCGCUGGCAAGCUUUAUUGAAUGUUAGAGCUCGUCGUAGACUUCUUUUGACUGGAACGCCACUUCAAAAUUCGUUAAUGGAAUUAUGGUCCCUUAUGCACUUCUUAAUGCCGGCCAUUUUUGCUAGUCAUGACGAUUUCAAGGAUUGGUUCAGCAAUCCUCUGAGUGGGAUGAUGGAAGGAAAUGUCGAGUAUAACGCUCCGCUUGUUCAACAACUUCACAAAGUUCUGCGACCAUUUAUUCUGCGACGUUUAAAAAGUGAGGUUGAAAAACAACUCCCCGCAAAAACAGAGCACAUUGUGAAAUGCGACUUGUCUAAAAGACAACGAUACUUAUACGAUGACUUCAUGAGUCGAAGAUCUACGAAAGAAAACCUAAAAUCUGGCAAUAUGAUGUCGGUGCUGAACAUUGUUAUGCAACUGCGAAAGUGUUGUAACCACCCGAACCUAUUUGAACCAAGGCCGGUCGUUUCUCCUUUCGUAACUCGCAACUUGCAAAAAGAUGUCCCUGCUUGCAUAUUCGAAAUGGCUAAAGCUGAUUUCGCAGUGGAGCCGAUCCCUGACAUAUUUCAUAUUAAUGAAAGAAUUGGAUCAUGGAGCACAAGUGUGACAUCUAAAAAACCUCUAAUUGAGGAAAUCGAGCACCGAGAAAAAAUAAUGGAUGAAACAAAUAAGUCUUGGAAAAAUGACGGCAAUAUGGAUGUUAACGGUUCUGAUGAAGAAGGAAAAACAAAUGGAACAGCGACAGUUAUAAAUAGCGGACAACCUUUUAUACGAUCACGAACAGUUCUUAACACUGCUCCGUUGACGAUAUCGACCGAGAGAAGUGGAUUUCAUUAUACGAUGUCUUCAAGUGGCUCAAAAACUUAUCUUGAUCCAAAUGCUACACACAGCCCACCUUUGAAAAAACCGAAACUCUCAGGCGCUGCAGUGAACUAUGCCGAUUAUGUCCCGUGUUAUGUUUUGGACAGAAUUGAUGAUUCAAAACGCCACCAGCUUGAAAUGUUGCGUAGAAGAUUUGGACGACUUCGAGAGCCCAUCAUUUCAAAGGAAAUGAUUUGUUUAUUCGAAGGCGAAGUCGGAAAAGUGAUUCAUAAACGAAUUCCGAUUAAUAUAUUCAUGCUUCUAAUGGAUCAUAUUAAAACAGUUUCGAAGCAUUUUGGAAUGUAUGUGGAACCAGUUUUAACCGAUGCCUGGCAAUGCCGCCCAUCAUCUUCUGGAUUGCCAUCAUUUAUUCGACAAAAUGUCUUGCGGAUUGAAGAAGAAUCGCGAAGAAUAUUGCUUGAAAAAUCCACCAAUCUUGAUAAUCAAUUGAGUAUUUCUCGUAUGCUUCAGUUUCCUGAACUCAGAUUGAUCGAAUACGACUGUGGAAAAUUGCAAAUGCUCGCUGGAUUGCUUCGCCAACUUUAUAUUCAUAAACAUCGUUGUCUUAUCUUUACGCAGAUGUCUAGAAUGUUGGAUGUUCUACAAACUUUCUUGUCUCAUCACGGAUAUCAAUACUUUAGAUUAGAUGGAACUACAGGAAUUGAACAAAGACAGGCUAUGAUGGAGAGGUUCAACGCGGAUCCAAAAAUUUUCUGUUUUAUCCUAUCAACUAGAUCGGGCGGCGUUGGUGUUAAUUUAACGGGCGCUGAUACAGUUAUAUUUUAUGACUCUGACUGGAAUCCUACAAUGGAUGCUCAAGCGCAAGAUAGAUGUCACAGGAUUGGUCAAACAAGGAAUGUGUCAAUUUAUCGGUUGAUUAGUGAUCGUACUAUUGAAGAAAACAUUUUGAAAAAGGCAAUGCAGAAAAGAAGGCUGGGAGAGUUGGCGAUUGAUGAGGCCGGAUUUACGCCAGAAUUUUUCAGGCAGUCGGAUAAUAUUCGUGAUUUGUUCGAUGGUGAGAACAUUGAAGUUUCUGCUCCUGUAGAUGUUCCAACAAAUGAGAAAGAUCUUGAAAAUGCGAUGGCGAAAUGCGAGGAUGAGGUUGACGUCGUUGCAACCAAGUUGGCCAAGGCAGAAGCGAAAGUAGAUCAAGCUGAGUUUGACGAAGCCCUCAAAACACAAGCAGUUACAAGUAAUUUGGCUUUGGGUGGCGAUGAAGUUGAUGAUAAAUAUUUGGAAUUAAUCAAUCAGUUGAAACCAAUUGAACGAUAUGCGGUAGGAUUCUGGGAAGAAGAAUACAGGCCCGAAUUUGAAGAAGAAGAAAAGGAAGCAUUGGCACUUGUUGAGCAGAAAGGUGAAGAAUGGAGUCAAAAGUUGUUGGAAAAUCAAGGAGAACAACAUGCUAGUGAGCCUUCUACCGACCGCAUUGAUGCACUCGAUGAUGAUUUCUAUCUUGGUGGAAACCUUUUGGAUGAGGUACGGAAACGGCGAAAGUAUGCCAAGAAAACAGCUCAAUCUAAUAAGAAUUCUAAUACCCCUUCCGUAAAACCUCGUAUUCGUUCACCUUCAAAACGUAAAUCUAAUGUCCCAUCUUUCACGCCAUAUGUUAGUGCUGCUCCUCAUGCUCUUGGAUCACCGCCGUCCUCACCUAUUCGUAAGACGAAACAGGUUGUUGUGAGAAUGAUAGAGGAAUCAGAUGCAGUUAACACCACUGUUCCUCGAAGGAAAAAGAAGGUAGAACCGCGGCCUGUUGUUGUCAAUCAUACUUCGCCUUCUCCUUCACCGCAAAAUUUGCGGCCUCCUGGAACUUCUCUUCUGCAAACAGAGCAGAAAUACGUUGUGAAGAAGUUAACAAUACCAGCUAUAAGAACUGCGCCUACGGGAGUUCAAAGGCGAACUGUGUCUCAAAUGACAUCAAAUGUGCGUGUAAUACCAAUUUCUCAACCCCAUAGGGUAGCAACAAGAUCAGGGCCAGUAAAUCACAUGUAUCGCCAAGUGGUCACCGUCGGAUCGAAUGUAGCACAGAGGGGGCGACGCCUUUACGUAGUUCCAGGCUCCAUGAGAAGGGUUACCUCAUCUGGAACAACGUCAAGAUUACCUGUUCCAGGGAUCCUUGCUGAAGGAUUUGAUGAGACAAUGCCAUCCUGGUUCCCACCGUCACCUCCGCUGUCCGAUAGCGAGUGCGAUUUAAAAUUUGAUGAAACUUUCGAUUUAAUAUAUGAACUCGAUCCUAUGAAUGAGGCUCGAUUGCCGUCGCAAAUUCACGAAAUGCGAAGACCACUUGCCGAAAAACGCAAGCAGAGCAGUAUAAAUGAUUUGCUCACACCGAAAGAACACGAUCGGAUGUACGACGCUGUGGCGAAGUGCCUGCAAAUGCCACCAAAUCAACCAAUUGGAUCAUCACCAUCAUACACUGAGAAUUCGUUCUCAAUGGAUGAUAGCAAUCUGGAUGUGAAACCAGAUAUAACAGAGAUUCGUCCACAGGUCAAUGCUACUCAAAAAACUCAAAAGAAGGAAAGGCGAAGAGAUACAAAUAAAAAUGGAAGAUACGCAGAAAGCAGCGUGAAACGAGGUAUUACGCCACCACCUCCAUAUCGUGAAGAGCCCGAUUACGAUGGAGCCGAUUGGUCUAUUAUCGAAGAUUAUGCUCUUUUACAAGCUGUGAACAAUGAGAUUGCCAAUAAACACGAGUUGGAAAAGUCACGGCGCGGUGACGGAAUGGUUUUUAAUUGGGAUCUCAUAUCAAGUGUGGUGAACAGGACCACUCGAUAUUAUCGUUCUGCUCGGCAAUGCAGCAUUCGGUAUCAAAUGUUCGUUCGACCGAAAGAACUUGGCCAACUUGUUGCGUCAGAUCCAAUAACAAAGAAAACGGUCAAAGUUGAUUUAACACCAACUGAAUUAGUACAUUUGCGAAAGGGGCGUGUCACCACUGAGGCACAAUACAAUUAUGAUUGUGGUGCAAUUUUGGACAAAAAAACAUUUAGUCGUUUUAAAAUGGUUAAAAGUUUGGCGGCACGGAAGAUUGGGACAUUCUGGAGAGGACCCAAAGAUGCAAGAAAUUUGGAAUGUCUUUUGGGGAAAUUGCCACAGGCACACGAGACUCGACUUCAUGAUUUUGAAGUCAAAAUUGGCCAAUUAUUAGACGCUGAGGAAGUAUCGAGAGUUCCUGAAGAUAAGAUUAUCUUUGCUGAAGCUAAGAAGAAAACUCUAAAUCCGAGAUCAUCAUCGCCUGAAAUGAAAUGCAAUGAAUUUUUGAAGAAACGCCCACAUGCUAUUUCCGUUGCGAAAAGCAGUGAACCUCUUCCAGCGCGAACUCAAAAAGUAAUUAUAGUUCCACCGCUGCAGAACUUAUUUGUUGCCAAUCAACCACCACAACACAACGUUAUUCAAUCUCAACAACAAGUUCGACUACAAGGAAUAGUCGAUUCAACUCUACCGCAAAUGGUGCAAAGCCAGCACCAAAUGCAAGGAAAUUUACAACCACAACUUCAGAGGCGGACAACACCCAUGGGAAGCGUUCAGCAGCAUUAUAUUCAACAAGGAGUUCUGAACCAGAACCAACAAGGACAAAGCUUCGUCGUUGUCCACAGCUCCGCCCCAUCCAGUGGCGGUACCCAGGAAGGAAGCGUGCAAACGAUAGCAGGGCAAAGAAUCACUCAAUAUAUAACCCCGCAGCAUCAAAUGCAACAACAGCAGCAACAGCAAAUCAGUCGCGGAGGUUCGCAAACUCGGAAUGUCAGUGGCGGAACAAUUUACUCUUCGAAUCCUCAAGUUGUCGUACAGACUGCCGCAAGAUCAGGACAGCGCGUUAUGAGAGGUGGUAUUACAAACCGAAUGUAUGUUCAACAAUCUGGUGAGCGACAGUACGUCAUGCAGCAAUCACAACCAGUGCGAGUAAUGCCGACUGGUCAGCGAGUAGUAACACAAGGUUUGGGACAGCGACGUGGACAACCUCAACCGGGUACUGUUGCCGCCAUGGUGAUGCCAGGAAGGGGAGGAGGUGUCUCACAGCUGAGGACAGUUCCAAGAACUUAUCCCACCCAAGCUGGUCGUAUAAAUGUCAUGGUCACAUCACAAAACUCUCUUCGCCAGAAUGGAGUGGCAGGCCAACUGGGAACUACUGGACAAGAUGGUUCUACAACAGUCAAAAGACAGUUGAUUGGAGCUGGCCGCGGCAUCCCACCCAUCGGUUCCUCUAGAGUUGAUUCUCCACAGACUGUUGCUCAAGUCGUUCUUGCCCCGCCGUCGAGUUCAGGAACGUCGAUUUUACAUGUACAGCAAAGACAUCAACAUCAUCAUCAACAACAACAACAACUUCAAAUACAACCGCAACCAGUCCAAAUUCAACAACAAUCGGCCCAAAUCAUACAGCAGCAGGCUCAAGUUCAACCGCAGACAUCGACACAGCUGCCUGGAGAAACGCUAACUACAACGACUUCAGAAUCUACACCAGUUUCAGCUCAUCCACCCACGGUGUCCUCAUCAUCAAAUUCCGCACAAUCUGUUCCAGUUUCUACGUCUGCCUUCCCUCCGAUAAGCUCACAGUCUUCCCAAUGA